CGCUGUAGGACGCAGACUUCAAGUGCUGAAAGUUAAAUGCCAGGCGACUAAUUUAAAAUAAUAUAAUUUACAUUCCGAUCUAAUUCCGUCUUUAUCUAGCCAGCUUGACUCGAUUUUGUAGCUAAACAUAUGAAGAUGGGACCUAGCGACAUUGUUAGUUAGCUAGACAGAGGAGAUAAAUGGGCUUUAAGAAGCUUUGGGAAAGCAAUAUACCGGUGGACUACUGUUUUAGGCUUGUCCGGUCUACCGAGGGAUUCAGGUGACGGAUGCGCCAUCGUUUGGUGACCGAGCGAUCCGUCAGAAACUCACAGUUCGGCAUCGAGGGGAAGAGAUGGGGAAGUACUUCGUCAGCGAGGUGGACAUCAAGAGCACGUGGGACCAAGUGCUCUCCGCGUUCUGGCAGAGGUACCCCAACCCGUUCAGCACCCACGUUCUCUCGGAGGACGUGGUGUUCCGGCAGGUGACGGCGGACGGCCGGCUCCUGUCCCGCCGCCUCCUGACCAAGACCAACCGGCUGCCCCGCUGGGCGGAGAACUUCUUCCCCUCCAACCUGUCCCGCUCCGCCUAUAUCCUGGAGGACUCCAUCGUGGACCCUGCCGGCAGGACCCUGACCACCUUCACCCGCAACCUCAACCACACGCGGCUCAUGACCGUGGAGGAGCGGUGUGUUUUCCAGGCAGAUCCGGACCGACCCGCGUGGACCCGGCUCAGCAGAGAGGCCUGGAUCUGCUCUGGGGUUUUCGGAUUCUCCAGGCCCAUUCAGGAGUUCGGCCUGGCACGAUUCAAGAGCAACCAGGUGAGGGCCAUGGAGGGGCUGGAGUACGCGCUGUCCUGCCUGAACGGGGAUUUGGCUCAGAGGCUACGCAGGGAUUCGGUGAAGGAGGCCUCCGAGACGGCUAAAACCCUGGCCUCAGCCGCCUCGGCCGCGUCCUCCCAGAAGCCUCAGCAGUUCGCGUGACGCAGGCACCGCCACAGCCGACGCGAGGACCAAGACCGAGCGCACACACACACACACACACACACGCAGAUGGGCGUGUGAAAGCGCCCCUCUCGGAGACCCCGGACUCCCCCGGGGCGGAUUGCUCCCCUGUGUGUCACCCCCGGGGCCACCCCGGUCCCCUCCGCUCGGUCGGGAUGCGGUCUGGCGUGCUUUCAGCUGGCCCGCGGUCUCCGAGCGCCGCGACAAGGGGCUGCACUCUCUCACAAACCCCUUCCUGUUUACAACGUCUCUGUCCUGUCUGCACGCUGGCCCCCAGGUGCAGCCCGGCCCCC